AUGCACGUCAUCAAAAGAGAUGGUCGCCGAGAGGCAGUUAGUUUUGAUAAAAUCACAUCUCGCAUCCAGAAGCUUUGCUAUGGCCUCAAUUUUGACUUUUUGGACCCUGCCGGGAUAACAAUGAAGGUGAUCCAGGGUUUGUACAACGGAGUGACCACGGUGGAGCUGGACACUCUGGCUGCCGAGACCGCCGCCACGUUAACCACCAAACAUCCUGAUUACGCCAUCCUGGCUGCACGGAUUGCCGUUUCCAACCUGCAUAAGGAGACCAAGAAAGUUUUUAGUGACGUGAUGGAGGACCUCUACGCCUACAUCAACCCCAUCAACAAGCGUCACCUCCCAAUGAUCUCCAAAGAGACACUUGACAUUGUUCGGGAAAACAAAGCUCGCCUCAACUCUGCCAUCAUUUACGACCGAGACUUUUCCUACAACUACUUUGGUUUUAAGACUCUUGAGCGAUCAUAUUUGUUGAAAAUAAAUGGCAAAGUGGCGGAGAGACCCCAGCACAUGCUAAUGAGAGUGGCGGUGGGCAUUCACCGAGAAGACGUCGACGCGGCCAUCGAAACGUACAAUCUUCUGUCAGAGAAAUGGUUCACGCACGCCUCCCCCACUCUUUUCAACGCUGGGACCAACAAGCCACAAUUGUCCAGCUGCUUCCUUCUAGCAAUGCAGGAUGACAGCAUUGAUGGGAUUUAUGACACAUUGAAACAAUGCGCCCUCAUUUCGAAAUCAGCAGGAGGCAUAGGCCUAGCGGUUAGCUGCAUUAGAGCUACUGGCAGCUACAUUGCCGGGACAAACGGCACUUCGAAUGGGCUGGUUCCUAUGCUUCGUGUUUACAACAACACGGCACGCUAUGUUGACCAAGGAGGCAACAAGAGACCCGGUGCGUUUGCAGUCUACUUAGAGCCCUGGCAUUGUGAUGUUUUUGACUUUUUGGAGUUGAAGAAGAACACAGGUAAAGAGGAGCAAAGAGCUCGAGACCUUUUCUUCGCCAUGUGGAUCCCUGACCUCUUCAUGAAACGAGUGGAAAGCAAUCAGGAAUGGUCACUAAUGUGCCCCAAUGAGUGCCCCGGAUUGGAUGAGUGCUGGGGAGAAAAGUUUGAGGAGCUCUACACCAGAUACGAGAGAGAGGGCCGGGCUAAACGCGUGGUGAAAGCUCAGCAGGUUUGGUACGCCAUCAUCGAGUCGCAGACAGAAACCGGCACUCCGUACAUGUUGUACAAGGACUCCUGCAACAGAAAGAGCAACCAGCAGAACCUCGGGACUAUAAAAUCCAGCAACCUGUGCACGGAGAUUGUAGAAUACACCAGCAAAGAUGAGGUGGCUGUGUGUAACCUAGCUUCCAUCGCCCUCAACAUGUACGUCACCUCGGACAAGACCUACAACUUCACAAAGCUUGCGUCUGUCACCAAAGUGAUUGUGAAGAACCUUAACAAGAUCAUAGACAUCAACUACUACCCUGUGCCUGAGGCCAAGCGAUCGAACAAGCGUCACCGGCCAAUAGGAAUUGGCGUUCAAGGACUAGCCGACGCCUUCAUCCUCAUGCGGUAUCCUUUCGAAAGCCAGGAAGCUCAACUGCUCAACAUCCAAAUAUUUGAGACCAUCUACUACGCCGCCCUGGAGGCCAGCUGCGAGCUCGCGGCUGAAUGCGGGCCUUAUGAAACCUACGCUGGUUCUCCUGUUAGCAAGGGGAUCCUUCAGUAUGACAUGUGGGAGCGAACCCCGACUGAUUUGUGGGACUGGAAAUCCUUGAAGGAGAAAAUAUCCAGGAAUGGCGUGAGGAACAGUCUUCUCUUGGCUCCCAUGCCCACAGCUUCAACUGCACAGAUCCUCGGGAACAAUGAGUCCAUCGAAGCCUACACAAGCAACAUCUACACACGGAGGGUGCUCUCAGGAGAAUUUCAGGUUGUCAAUCCUCAUCUACUAAAGGACCUGACGGAGAGAGGAUUGUGGAGUGAUCACAUGAAGAACCAACUGAUUGCUCAGAACGGUUCCAUCCAGGAAAUCGAGGAAAUUCCGAUGGAUCUGAAGCGGUUGUACAAAACGGUGUGGGAAAUCUCUCAGAAAACUGUCCUGAAGAUGGCGGCCGACCGCGGCGCUUACAUUGACCAGAGCCAGUCGUUGAACGUCCACAUUGCCGAGCCCAACUACGGCAAACUGAGCAGCAUGCACUUUUACGGCUGGAAGCUGGGUCUUAAAACAGGCAUGUACUACCUGAGGACGAAGCCCGCAGCCAACCCGAUCCAGUUCACCCUCGACAAAGAGAAGCUAAAAGAGGCUCAGACGGCCAAAGAGCACAACUUGGCCGCCAUGGCAUGUUCGCUCGCCAACAAAGACGAGUGUCUUAUGUGUGGCUCCUAA